GAAGAGGAGGAGGAAGAAGAAGAGGAGGAGGAGGAGGAAGAAGACGAGCAGUCUCCGCACCGCUGCCAGCAGCUGCAGCAGGCCGGCGUGGUGAACGGCGAUCCUGGGGGGAGCACGGAGAGCAGCCUCAGGGAGGAGACCCUGUAUGAUACCAUCACGCCUCCCGCCGCCGCCCCCGCCGCCGCCCCCGGCCCCGGCCCUUGCUCCUCCGAGACGUCGGCCUCUCCCCCGCCAGGGCGGAUGGACGAGCCAGCUCCCAACGCCCUGGUUCUGCGCAUCGGCAUCCCGGACCUCCAGCAAACGAAGUGUCUGCGGCUGAACCCCGAUGUCCCCAUCUGGACCUCCAAGCAGCGCAUCCUUUGCACCCUGAACCACAGCCUGAAGGACGUCCUCAACUAUGGCCUCUUCCAGCCGGCCUUCAACGGCCGGGCGGGGAAGUUCCUGGACGAAGAGCGGCUGCUGAGGGAGUACCCCCUCAACCCGGACACCCCCGUCCCUUAUCUGGAGUUCCGAUACAAGAGGCGCGUCUAUUCCCAGCCCCUGUUGGACGACAAGCAGUUCGCCAAGCUGCACACGAAGGCAAAUCUGAAGAAAUUUAUGGACUAUGUGCAGAGCCUGAGUGUGGAGAAGGUCAGCCGGUUGGUGGAGAAAGGACUGGACCCCAACUUUCAUGACCCGGACACUGGAGAAUGCCCCCUGACCAUGAGUGCCCAGCUGGAGUUCUGUGCCGAGAUGAUCAAAGCCUUGAAGAGCGGUGGUGCCCACUUGGACUUCCGAACCCGCGAAGGGAUGACGGCUCUGCACAAGGCCGUCCGAUGCCGGAAUCACACUGCCCUGCGGACGCUGCUCGACCUGGGUGCCUCUACGGAUUACAAGGACAGCCGGGGGCUGACCCCCCUGUACCACAGUGUCAUGGUGGGGGGGGACCCCUACUGCUGUGAGCUCCUCCUGCACGACUACGCCAAGGUGGGCUGCAUCGAUGAGAACGGCUGGCAAGAGAUCCACCAGGCCUGCCGCUACGGACACGUCCAGCACCUGGAGCACCUCCUCUUCUAUGGGGCGGACAUGACUGCCCAAAACGCCUCGGGAAACACUGCCCUGCACAUCUGCGCCCUCUACAACCAGGAGAGCUGUGCCCGGGUUCUCCUCUUCCGGGGAGCCAGCAAGGAUAUCCGGAACUACAACAGCCAGACGGCCUUCCAGGUGGCCAUCAUUGCGGGCAACUUUGAACUGGCGGAAAUCAUCAAAACCCACAAAGAGUCCGAUGUUGUGCCUUUCCGCGAGACCCCCAGCUACACCAAGCGGCGGCGGCUGAUGGGGGCGGCCGGGCUCUCCUCCCCGCGCCUGCUCCAGCGCUCGGCCAGCGACAACAACCUGAAGGCGGAGAGCCGGCCGUCCUACUCGCCGGCGCCCUCGCUCCGCGGCCUCCCCCCGCAGCUGCUGGCCCAGAUGCGGGAAGCGGCGGGCGAGGCCGGGCCCCGCGGCGCCCACAGCCGCUCCCCGUCGCUGCAGCGCGUGCGGGAGGAGAAGGAGGCCGACGCGCCCUCCCUGCGCAGGAGCAGCCGCGCCAAGCCCAGCCCCGGCGGGAGCGGCAGCGGGCCUGGGGGGGCGCCGGGCGCCGGGCCGGGCGUGGAGCACACCCCGCACGCCGCGCCGGCUCCGCUGCGGGGCCCCAAGAAGAAGCUGUACAGCGCCGUGCCCGGCCGCCGCUUCAUCGUGGUCAAGAGCUACGCGCCGCAGGGCGAGGGCGAGAUCCAGCUCAACCGCGGAGAAGCCGUCAAGGUGCUCAGCAUUGGAGAAGGGGGCUUCUGGGAAGGAAGCGUGAAAGGACGGACUGGCUGGUUCCCGGCAGAAUGCGUGGAGGAAGUGCAGAUGCGGCAGUUCGAUUCCCGACCAGAGACGAGAGAAGACCGGACCAAGAGGCUCUUCCGACAUUACACCGUGGGCUCCUACGACAACUUCACUUCACACAGCGACUACAUCAUCGAGGAGAAGGCGGCCGUUCUGCAGAAACGGGAGCAUGAGGGCUUCGGCUUCGUCCUGCGCGGCGCCAAAGCGGAAACGCCAAUCGAGGAGUUCACCCCAACGCCAGCUUUCCCGGCGCUGCAGUACCUGGAAUCGGUGGAUGUGGAGGGCGUGGCGUGGAGAGCAGGACUGCGCACAGGGGACUUCCUGAUUGAGGUGAACGGAGUGAAUGUGGUGAAGGUGGGGCACAAGCAGGUGGUCUCGCUCAUCCGCCAGGGGGGAAACCACCUGGUGAUGAAAGUGGUCUCGGUCAGUCGCAAGCCAGAGUCGGAAGACGUGGUUCGGAAGAAAGCCCCGCCGCCGCCCAAGAGGGCGCCCAGCACCACCCUCACCCUGCGCUCCAAGUCCAUGACCGCCGAGCUGGAAGAGCUGGAGAAGCUGGACGAGAUCUUGGCAGCGGCUGAGCCCUCGCUGAGAGCAGACCUGGUGGAGGCAGAUUCCCGGGCAGCCACCGUGAAGCAGAGGCCGACCAGCCGGCGCAUCACCCCUGCAGAGAUCAGUUCCCUCUUCGAGCGCCAGGGGAUGGCAACCCACACAGGGCCCGAGAAGCCCCACCUCUCCCUCCGCAAAGGCCUCCCGCGGACCAAGUCUGUAGGCGAAGAUGAAAAAUUUGCGGCUUCCCUCCUGGACGGAAAGUUUCCCCGGAGCACGUCAAUGCAGGACACUGUCCGGGAGGGCCACGGCAUCCCUCCCCCGCCACAAACCGCUCCCCCACCGCCCCCCGCCCCCUACUACUUCGACACCGCCCCGCCCCCCACCUUCUCCCCGCCCCCACCCCCAGGGAGGGUCUACGACACCGUCCGCUCCAGCUUCAAGCCGGGCCUGGAGGCCAAGCUGCACGGGCUGCCGCCAGUCAUCAGCGCGGCCGAGAUGUACGACCAGGCCAGGGCCGGCAUCCCUUACCCCGAGCGGCAGAAGCGGGCGCGCUCCAUGAUCAUCCUGCAAGACUCCUCCCACAUCCCCGUGGAGCCCACCGACAUUCCCCGGCCAGGCCCCUCGGCCACCCCGCCGGAGAAGCUGAAGCGGAAGGGGCGCGGGGCGGACAACCCCUACGCCAACAUGGGCCAGUUCAACGUCAGCCUCUUCGCCCCCACCAAGCCCCAGCGCAAGAAGAGCCCCCUGGUCAAGCAGCUGCAGGUGGAGGACGCGCAGGAGCGGGCGGCACUCUCCGUGGCUGGGGGCUUCCCCCGGGAGCCCUCCCCCACCCGGCGGGGCCACCGCCUGAGCGGGAUGGACUUCACCUCCCAGCAAGUGGAGACCGCCAGCCUGCCCUUUGCAACGGCGGUCGUGGGGGCCAUGAAAGAGCGAGACCGGCGCCUUGAUGAGAAGCGGAAAUCCACUGUCUUCCUUUCCGUGGGGGCCAUAGAGGGGAGCCCCCCCACCAUCGACAUGCCAUCGCUGCAGCAAUCCCGGUCCAUCGACGAGCGUCUGCUGGGCAGCCGGGACGUCCUGCUGCCUUCCCCCGUCUCCGCUCUAAAGCCAUUCCUCAGCAGCCCCUCGUCGACCUUCAUCCACCCUCUGACAGGGAAGCCCCUCGACCCCAACUCCCCCCUGGCGCUGGCGCUGGCCGCGAGAGAGAGAGCCCUCUCCACCCAGGUCUCCUCCCGAGUGGCCACCCCCAUCCACAGCCCCGACUCCGACCGGGCGGCCCCGUUGUUUGUGGACAUCCAAACCAAAGAGCAAGAGAGGGGGGAGCUGGAAGGCCGGGGGUCCCCCGCCUAUUCUCCAGGGUCCAAGGCGCCUACACCCAGCUCUCUGACCCCUACCCAGAGCCCCUGGGGAAUGCCCGGAAGUGCGAGGAAGGAGGGCGAGGCACGGACCGAGACUCCGGUGAAGGAGGUGGAGGAGAAGAAGGUGGAGGAGAGGAAAGCCAUGAUCCUCAGCAUCAUGGACACCUCGCAGCAGAAGACGGCUGGCCUCAUCAUGGUGCACGCCACGAGCAACGGGCAGGACCUGGGCUUCGACAUGAAGGAGGAGAAGACUCCUGUCCCAGAGGGGGGGCCGGAGCCAGGGGAGGUGUCCAUGAUGGAGGCCCAGCCCAGUCCCGUGGGGAAGGCGCCCGUCAGCCCAGCCUUGGACAAGACGUUCGGACAAGGGAGCUCGGAGGAGGACGUGGAGACGUACACGGUCACUCUGCCCCCCGCGCAGCUCUCCUCCAGUGACGAGGAGACCAGGGAGGAGCUGGCGAAGAUUGGCCUGGUGCCGCCACCCGACGAGUUUGCAAACGGGGUACUGGUCACCACCGCUGGCACACCUCUCAGCCAACUGGCUGCUCCAGCCAUCGCCCCGCCAUCGGUGCCAGCGGCAGCGGCCCUGCCUUCUACCACUGGUGGAACACCCUCAGGGAAGCCCUCUGAUGCCCCCACCGCCCCCGAGUCUGCCGCAGACUCCGGGGUGGAAGAGGUGGACACCAGAAGUUCAAGUGACCAUCACCUGGAGACCACAAGCACCAUCUCCACCGUCUCCAGCAUGUCCACGCUGUCCUCCGAGAGCGGGGAGCCCACCGACACCUACACCUCCUUCGCGGAUGGGCACACUUUUGUACUCGAGAAGCCGCCAGUGCCUCCAAAGCCGAAACUCAAGUCCCAGACCAGCAAGGGGCCGGUAACCUUCAGGGACCCACUUUUGAAGCAGUCCUCGGACAGCGAGCUCAUCUCCCAGCAACACACGGCCAUCCUGGCGUCCGCCAGCGUCGGCCGGCCACGCUACCUCUUCCAGCGAAGGUCCAAGCUGUGGGGGGACCCCCUGGACAGCAGGCCCCUCCACGGGCCGGAAGACGACAAGCCAACUGUGAUCAGCGAGCUGAGCUCCCGCCUGCAGCAGCUCAACAAGGACACCCGCUCCCUGGGGGAGGAGCCUGCCGGGGGCGUCAUCGACCCUGGAAAGAAGACCCCCAUGGUGGCAGCACGACUUUUCAGUAGUUUAGGAGAACUAAGCACCAUUUCCCAGCGCAGCUCCGGCACCACCUACACCGUGCGUCCUGGCAGCCGCUACCCUGUGACCCGUCGCACUCCCAGUCCGGUAAAGCCUGCCCUGGAUAGGACAGACCCCCUGAGCACCGUCCGGCCCUACGGGCUGACCCCGCCCACCAUCCUCAAAUCUUCCAGCCUCUCCAUCCCCCACGAACCCAAGGAGGUGCGCUUCGUGGUGCGCAGCGUCAGUGCCCGGAGCCGCUCCCCCUCCCCCUCCCCUUCCCCGGGCCCCCCCCUGCACUCCCUCCACCCCCUGCGGCCCUUCAUGCAGAAGCCCCUCCAGCUCUGGAACAAGUACGACGUGGGGGACUGGCUGGAGAGCAUUAACCUGGUGGAGCACAGAGACAAAUUCGAGGACAACGAGAUUGAGGGCACCCACCUGCCCGCCCUGACCAAGGAGGACUUUGUGGAGCUGGGGGUGACGCGGGUGGGGCACCGCAUGAACAUUGAGCGGGCACUCAAGCAGCUGGCAGAAAGCUGACCGUCCCGGCAGCCCCAGCUCCUCUCCCGGGGCUGCGACACUCAGGGGCAGGCGGGGCCGGUCCUGCUAGGCCAGUAGAUGGGGGGGCCACCCGGGGCUCCUCCUGCACUGAAGGACAGGGUGGGCAGGCGCCUCCUCUCCCUCCCGCCCCACAGGCCCCCGGGCACCCUGGCACAGGCUCCCUUCCUCGGGAACAGGCAUGGGCCACGGGAGCUCAGCCCCUCCCCGAGAGAGUCACUGCUGGACAGGCGGUUCUGGGGAAGGAGAGGCCCCCCCUGUAGGAGAAGACCUCGGCAGCAGCGCCUCCUGCGCACCUGGCAGGGGCCCCGGGGGAGGCCGGAGGGACCAGGGGCCGAGUGAGGAAGGGGCCCUUGUGCUAGGGUUGCCAGGCUCCAGCCGGGCCUUAACAGGAUCCGUACGUUGUGGUGCUGUGGCUGCUUGCCUUCGGCUUUGGGGAGGCCAGGGGGGCUUUUGGGGAAGGGGCUCAGUGUCCUGGCUGCAGGGAGCCUGGCUGGCCCCCAGCGACUGCUGCCGGAGGAAUCCCCCGUGAAGGCCAGCAGGAGCUCCCAAGGGAGGGGCAGAAGUGCCACCCCACUUCCUUCCCCACCCGCAGCCCCCGGCCCUCCCCCACAAGGACCCCGCGGGGCCACGAAGAGGAGACCGGGAGAGGCCCCCGCGGAGAGCGGGCACUGCCGCCUGGAGGACUGUUGCCGUGCCCUGGCGCACAAGAGGGGCUGAUGUCGCAUGGAUCGAAGCAUGCUUGGGGUGCAGAGGGGGGCAGCCCCGGUGGGGAGGGGGGGGUGGCCUCGUUUGGCUUUGCGGGUGCGGGGCAGUCGAAGGGGGUCUCUUCAUCUCUCUGCAUCUCUGUAGGUUUGGCGAUCCCAAGGAGAGGAUGCCCAACAGCAGGAAACCCCCCCCCCUCUGUCCCACUCACUCACUUUUGCAUCUUUUUAAUCAGCUAUAUAUUUGAAAAGGGGGGGGGGGAGAACAAAUAUCUAUAUAUCUAUAUCUAUAGCCACCUUGUUUAGUUAACGGUUGACUGAAGCUCUAUCUUGCGGGGGGGCUGGGGGCUCCUCCCUGCAAGGCUUGUGGGGGUUUUUAGUGACUGAAUGAAAGAGAAGUUUUGAAGGUUCCUUUUAAAUGGUCUGAAUUUUAAGGGGGGGCAGGAACAAACAAAAGGCAACGUUGCACUGGCUUCUGGGACACGUCUGAAGUCUUCCAUUCUCGCUGGACAGGCCCUGACCGGAGGAGCUGCUCCCCCCACCCCACCCCCGCUUACACACACACACAACACACACACACCGACACGGCUGAGACUCCUUCCCUUGCUGAAGCCCCUCGCCCUGCUUUCCUGGGGAGGCCAGAGAGGGGCAGGCAGGGAAGAAGCCCAACUCUUGAGCCUCCCCUCCACCCUCUGGAAGCCGGGCAGCUGCUGCACACCAAAUGCCCCCAGAAGCCGGAGGGUCCCCAACAUUUUGCAAAGGCCCUUGGAAGGGAUGUCAGUCCUGAGGGGUUCCCAGUCUCAGAUGCCCCCUGUGGCUGCCGCCUGGUCCCUCCCCUUUCCUUUAAGAGGCCAAAGAAAUGGGGGGCCCUCCCUGCACCCCCAGCCUUCUGCUCUGGGGGGGGGCUCCGCUCCCUACAGCCCUGGCCUGAAAGUGGAGGAGACCCAGCAGCCCCUUUGAAGAGGAGCCCCAGUUCAUUCUCAAGGCAUCCAGAGGGGCUGCUGGGCUCUUCCUGGUCUCUUUGGCUGCCCCAAAAUGGGGGGGGGGUGUCUUUCCCCACCCCUCCACCCCACCUCACCCCCGCCUGGAAGUGACUGUCCAGCCAGGCCAGAGCAGGGAGCUUCCACCCGGGUGGGACUUGGAAGGAGCCCCCCUCCCUCCCCAGGCCCAGAGGGUUCCCAGAGCAGGCACCAAAGACCUGGGGGCUAGAGGGGGGGCCCUCACUGACCCCCCCCACCCCCAGCUUUUACCAAUGGCCAAGAGAAACCUGCUUCCUGCCAAGGGCUCUCAAAUGGCUGCUCCAUAGAAGG